AUGGUAAAGCAACGGAAGUCGAAGGGUUCGGAUACCCUGCAAAGUCCAGCUGAAGUCGCCAAUCCAGAUCUUACAAUUAGUCCGACGAAGAAGGCCAAAACGAAUGGAUUACUGGUUGAGGCAGAUGAAGAAGAAACAAAUCCUAAAGAAAACGGUGAUUCACCCAAAAGAAAAAAGACAAAGGAUCCUACAUUAGGACAGCUUGUAGAGCUGCAGCGGAUUGAGAGCGAAACAAAGGCGCAGCCAUCAUCUGGUGUUUCACUCGCAGUUCAGCUCACGCAAGGUCUUAUGUCAAAUGAUGCCCAGAAGUUGGAUAGCGUUCUUCAUGAGUCCAGAUUAGAGAUUAUACAGGCCACUCUGCUAGAUGUACAAGUAUCCCACGUAGUUCCUCUGCUGAAGGCGUUGUUCGAAAGACUAAGCUGUCGAUCCGCAACCAAUAUCAAACCCUGGAUUUUAUGGAUGCAGUGCACAUUGUCUCUCCACGCGUCCUAUCUGAGCUCGAUUCGAAACCUUGAAAGUGAAUUGAGUGGAUUGCUUGAGUGGAUGCGGCAACGUAUUGGACAUCAACAAAAGCUGCUCGAACUUCACGGUCGACUGAGCAUUGUUGGAGAACAGAUCUCACGUCGCAUGAAUCGUACAGUUGCUGUGGCGCCACAACCUCUCAUAGUCUUCAAUGAUGAUGUGCACUCCGAUAUUGACGAUAUAGAGAGUGGAGGGUCGGACGAAAGCGCUGCCAGUAGCGAUGAAGAGGAGGAGGAUUGGUGGGAUGAAGGGGGACUCGAAGCAGGUGAUGAAGACGAAAAUGAAGAUGACGAUGAUUCUGGCGAUGAUUCUGACAUUAACAUGCAGACGAAGAAAAUUAAUGGUGAUAGUGACGAAGGUGGAACGGAUGAUGAUGAUGAGUCCGAGGAUGAUGGCGAUGAGGGUGGCGAAAAUGACGACGACGAGGAAGACGAAAUGGAUAUAGGAUGA